AUGUGUGAUCCCACUAGAGACGAUGGCUCUAGCCAAAUCGGCGUGGUGCGUAAGGAAAAAAGAGCCUUGUUUCAGAGGAAAUGGACGGUAGUCGAUGUACUAAGAGCGUUAACCGUUGCGAGUGUGCAUUUUUGGUGUCUCUUGGCGCCAUUUAACUACAAAUGGGAAGCUUUACGGUUCGGUUUGAUUCUCGUCGCGGUAACUAACCUCAGCGUCACAUUCUCGUACCAUAGGAACUUGGCUCACCGGAGCUUUAAGCUCCCAAAAUGGCUCGAGUAUCCUUUUGCUUAUUCCGCUGUUUUUGCUAUUCAGGGUGAUCCAAUGGAUUGGGUGAGCAUACAUAGGUUCCAUCACCAGUUCACGGAUUCGGACCGCGACCCACAUAGCCCCAAGGAAGGGUUUUGGUUCAGUCAUGUGUUGUGGACAUUUGACACUCUUUACAUCAAAUAUAAGUGUGGUGGACGUAACAACGUUAUGGAUUUGAAGAAGCAAUGGUUCUAUAGGUUUCUGCGAAAGACAACUGUUCUCCACAUCUUAAUGUUUUGGAGCCUUCUUUAUCUCUAUGGUGGUUUACCUUACCUUACAUGCGGCGGGGGUGUUGGAGGCGUGCUGGGGUACCACGUGACAUGGCUCGUAAAUUCCGCAUGCCAUAUUUGGGGUUCGAGGUCGUGGAAGACUAAAGACACAUCUCGUAACAUUUGGUGGCUAAGCGUAUUCACGAUGGGAGAGAGUUGGCACAACAACCACCACGCGUUUGAGUCAUCGGCGAGGCAAGGAUUGGAGUGGUGGCAGAUUGAUAUCACUUGGUAUCUCAUUCGACUAUUCGAAUUUUUUGGAUUAGCUACUGAUGUGAAAUUGCCCUCAGAAUUCCAGAAACAGAAGAUGGCUCUCGCUCGUUGA